CCGUGGAAAGAAGCUGGUUCACAUCGACACGCGCGCACACCUCACAACCGGGCCCCACAUAGCCGUCGAUUUCGCCGCUCGAGCCCACACUACCUAUACUGGAAAUCGAAAGUGUAGUCGCCACACGCGGGCCAAGAUGUUGCUGAUUCAACCAACGGAGGAGAUGUCCAAGCUGAUCCGCGUGGAGCUCAACGAGAACGUCGACACGCGCGAAAAGGACUUGCAGUACAUCAAAGAGUGGCUCUCCAAGCAGCCGCACCUGCCGAGCUUCGAUGACGACUACAGGCUGAUGACGUUCCUGAGAGGAUGCAAGUUCUCCCUCGAAAAGUGCAAAAGGAAACUAGACAUGUACUUCACGAUGCGCGGACUGGCUCCCGAUUUUUUCUCGAACCGCGACAUCACCAGACCCGAAAUGCGGGAGAUCACCAAAAUUAUCCAAGUACCACCACUACCAGGGCUGACCAGGAACGGCCGCCGUGUGAUCGUGAUGCGCGGUGUCGACAAGGACAUCACGGCGACGAACGUGGCCGACGCAAUGAAGCUGGUCAUGAUGAUAGGCGACAUUCGGCUGAAGGAGGAACUCGUGGGAGUAGCCGGGGACGUGUACGUGCUCGACGCCACCGUCGCGACACCCGCCAACUUUUCCAAAUUCACGCCCGCCCUCGUCAAGAAAUUCCUGGUCUGCGUCCAGGAGGCCUACCCGGUCAAGCUCAAGGAGGUCCACGUUAUCAACGUCAGUCCCGUUGUCGAUACCAUCGUCAAUUUCGUCAAGCCCUUCCUCAAGGAGAAGAUACGAAACAGGAUACACGUGCACGGCAAUUUGGACAAGCUGUACGAGUACGUCCCUAGGGAGAUACUGCCCGAGGAGUACGGUGGACAGGCUGGACCUAUCCAAAAUAUUCAUGAAACUUGGCUGAAAAAGCUGGAGGAGUACGGGCCGUGGUUCAAGGAGCAGGAGUCCGUGAAAGCCAACGAGAACCUACGACCCGGGAAACCGAGAACCCACGACGAUCUCUUUGGCCUGGACGGCUCGUUCAGACAACUGACCAUCGAUUAGAGAGAGAGACAGAGAAACUCUAAGGAUCUUACAGCACUAGCUUCUUUUACAUCAUUUAUAACUCCUAUUUUUACAUUAUAAGUACGAAAAGUCCACGGGCGCAGUUUUUUUUAUUUAUUUUUUUUCUCAUCUUUUGUGGUGGUUCUAUAUUGAUUGUAGAUAAAAAAAAAGUUUCUUUUUGUACAAUAUGAAGUAUUAUUAUAAACCACUGUAAAGGCACGAUCUGACUUUCGGUUUAAGCUGCGUGGGAACGUACGUUUUUUUCACCUUUUGUAAAUGGUUUUGUAAACUAAGUAUUGACAAAUAUAUAAUAUACGUGUUUAUAUAUUAAAAGCGAAUAAUUUAA